AGAGCACUGCCUGAGCAGUAUACGAUUCUGCUGUGAUACAAACACCGUCACAUUGGGAGUGAUUUGAUGCCACCAGUCAGACAUUCUAGUUCCUCCUGUCUUAUCCAAGACUCCACGAUGAGAGCGUUAAUAUUGCUUGGUGUUUUACAGUUGAUUCUUGCUACUGUAUCGGGACAAGAAUCCGAACCGGAGUUUGUCUAUCCGGAUGUAUUCAAUGACCCGGAACGGGAUGCUUUCUUGUAUGGUACUUUCCGUGAUGACUUUCUCUGGAGUACAUCUACAGCGGCAUAUCAGAUUGAAGGCGGAUGGGAUGCGGACGGAAAGGGACCCAAUAUCUGGGAUACCUUCACGCACGAGCCUGGUAACAUCGCUAACAAUAACACGGGAGAUGUUACGUGCGACAGCUACAAUAAAUACAUGGAUGACAUUGCUAUCAUGAAAGCAAUGGGCCUGAAUUACUACCGUUUCUCAAUCUCUUGGUCUCGUAUCCUCCCUGAUGGCACCUUGAACAACAUCAACCAACCUGGUAUCGACUACUACAACAACUUGCUGACAGCCAUGCUUGAUGCAGACAUUGCUCCUAUGGUCACUCUCUAUCAUUGGGAUCUACCACAAGCCUUACAGGACCUGGGAGGUUGGCAGAAUGAAUCCAUCAUUCAGCAUUACAGAGACUACGCUGAGUUGUGCUUUAGUAACUUUGGUGAUCGUGUGAAGCUGUGGAUUACCUUUAACGAGCCAUGGGUAGUGACCAUGUUAGGGCAUGGUACAGGUGAAUUUGCUCCUGGUAUAGAGGAGGAUGGAACCAUUACCUAUGUGGUAGCACACACUAUCAUCAAAGCACAUGCCAGUGCAUACCAUGUUUAUGACAGCGCUUACCGAGAAACACAGGGAGGAGAGAUCGGAAUAACCCUGAAUUCUGAUCACUACGAGCCUAGCGAUCCUACUGACCAAACACACGUAGAGGCUGCAGAGAGAGCAUAUCAGUUCUAUCUUGGUUGGUUUGGUCAUCCUAUCUUCAUCAAUGGAGACUAUCCAGACAUCAUGAAGACCAAGGUAGCUCAGAAGAGCCUUGGCCAAGGCUUGAAUGAAUCUCGUCUACCAGAUUUCACUGAUGAAGAGAAAGCAUUCAUCGUCAACACUGCCGAUUUCCUUGGAAUCAACACCUACACGACUAGUCUAGUGUUCCCAGCUCCUUCUAUCAAUCAGCCCGUUAGUUACUGGAUUGAUCAAGAUGUGCUACCACUCAAGGAUCCAGACUGGCCCUCUACAGAACACACAGGUUUCAGGAUUGUACCUUGGGGUAUCCGAAGACUCUUGGGAUGGGCUUACAAUGAAUAUAACGUGCCUGUAUACAUCACAGAGAAUGGCAUGGCAACCACUGAUACUGAUGACCUGAAUGAUGACAUCCGGGUCAAUUACUUCCAGGCUUACAUCAAUGAAGUUCUCAAAGCUUAUCUCCUCGAUGAUGUUGAUGUUCGAGGCUAUGUCGCCUGGACUCUCAUGGACAACUUUGAAUGGGCUGUUGGUUUUACGGAACGAUUUGGUCUUCAUUACAUCGACUUCAACGACCCGGAUAGGACUCGCAUCCCGAAAAAGUCUGCGUCGGCUUUUGCUGAAAUCAUCGCCAACAAUGGGUUCGAGGAGGUUGAAUUCGUCUACCCUGAUGUCUGGAAUGACACUCACAGGGAUGCUUUCCUUUACGGAACAUUCCCUGAAGGUUUCAUCUGGAGUUCAGCGACGUCAUCAUAUCAGAUCGAAGGAGCUUGGAAUGAAGAUGGGAAGGGGGAGAAUAUUUGGGAUAGAUUCACUCAUGUAGGUGGAAAAGUCUUCAACAAUGAUACUGGAGAUGUUGCUUGUGACAGCUACCACAACUACAAAGAAGAUGUUGGUCUAAUGAAGGCCAUGGGUCUAGAAUAUUACCGUUUCUCUAUCUCUUGGGCUCGCAUCCUCCCUAAUGGAACCAUCAAUAAUAUCAACGAGGCUGGCAUCGAUUUCUACAAUAACCUCAUCAAUGAGAUGGCUGCGAAUGGUAUCAAAGCUAUGGUCACUCUCUAUCAUUGGGAUCUUCCUCAAGCUCUGCAAGACAUUGGUGGUUGGGACAAUUCGGACAUCGUACAACACUUCAAGGACUAUUCUGAGCUCUGCUUCCAAAGGUUCGGGGAUCGAGUCCCCCUCUGGAUCACAUUCAAUGAGCCUUGGAUUGUGUCUCUGUUUGGGUAUGGCACGGGUCAGUUCGCCCCAGGGAUAUCAGAUAUUGGUUCCGCUCCUUAUAGAGUUACCCACAAUCUCAUGAAAUCACAUGCUGCAGCUUACCAUGUUUACAACGACACCUACAAACCUAUACAGAAAGGGGAAAUUGGGAUCACAUUAAACUCUGAUUGGUCAGAACCAUUGGACAGGACGAACCAGACCAGUCUUGAUGCAUCUGAUCGAGCUCUUCAGUUUAACCUCGGUUGGUUCGCUCAUCCAGUCUUCAAAGGUGACUAUCCAGAGAUUAUGAAGACCAAGAUCGCCAAGAAGAGCGCUGCCCAAGGUUUUAAUGAAUCCCGUCUACCUGAAUUCACCGCAGAAGAGAUAGCCUACAUCAAAGGAACCAGUGAUUUCUUUGGUUUGAAUCACUAUACUUCAAACUAUGCGUUUGCUGUGCCAGAAUACCUCUCCAAUCCUCCGAGUUACUGGACCGAUUCAGAUGUGGGCUCCUAUCAAGAUCCAAACUGGCCUGGGUCUGGAUCUACCUGGCUCAAGAUCGUGCCAUGGGGACUUCGUAAUCUUGUCAAUUGGAUCUAUGAUGAGUAUGGAGUGCCUAUCUACGUGACGGAGAAUGGUGUGUCCACAGCCGACAUCUACGAACCCGAUGACGACAUCCGACAAAAUUAUUACAGAGCUUACAUCAAUGAACUCCUCAAAGCGAUCAAUGAGGAUGGCGUUGACGUCAGAGGUUAUACUGCGUGGUCACUUCUUGAUAACUUUGAGUGGGCUUCGGGCUACAAUGAGCGUUUCGGACUCCAUUAUGUUAACUUCUCAGACCCUGCCAGACCUCGAGAAGCUAAACAAUCAGUCAGUGUAUUCUCAGAGAUUAUAUCCAACAACGGCUUUAUCAAAGACGAACAAGUCACUACACCGGCAAAUGAGCUGGACACGGAAGGGAUUACCCUAACCUGUACCAAGACCCAGAUGAUUGUAGAGAUACCCAAGUCUCUCUUGACCGGUGACAUGAUGGGUACAGAUGUCCGUUUCGCUUUGGCUUCUGAAGAUGACCAGGACUGCCGGGGAAUCGAUACGGUCAAUGAACCUAACAUGGACAUCAUUGAACUCACUACCAACCUUACAGAUUGUGGAACUACAAGAACGGAAUCUGAUACUGAUGAAACUUACACGAAUCAAGUGAUCAGUCGUUACGAAGAUGGACUCGUCAGCCGCUUGUAUGCCGUCGAUAUACCCUUAACGUGCUCUUACAACAGAAGCAAACGCGUGGAAUCUGUCCGCUACCAGUUGAGUGACUACACCAUCGACAAGACUCUCGAUGAGAAUGGCGAAUAUUCUUUCUCGUUCGAACUUUACACCGAUGACUCUUUCGAUGAUGUGGUUGACCGAUUUCCUCUGGUGAUUGGACUGAAUGAAGAAAUCUACUUCUCAGCAUCAGUAAUGUCACUAGAUGACACUCUAGAUCUAUCUAUUCGAUCUUGCAGGGCUACACCCAUGUCACAAUACGAGGAUGACAUUCAUUAUGAUUUCAUCGUAGAUGGAUGCUCAGCAGACAGUACUCAUACCAACAUCACAAGACUGGAUGAUGGACAUCGGGUCGGGGUCGAAAUGAAUACCUUCCGGUUCAUCGACCAAGAAGACUUUGUUUACAUCCACUGUAAUCUGUUGGUGUGUGCAUCUGAUGACACUGAUUCUGUAUGCCAGGAAGAUGACUGUGAGAAUGAUGCUUUCAAUCGUAGAAGGCGUGAUGUUAGUGAUGAAUCAAACACAAGACGAUUCACUCGUGGACCGGUUCGUCUUAUUCGAGCAGCCGAGGAGAAGAAGACAAUCUCACGUAUACAGUUCUAUGAAAACGACACCCCUGAUCAAGCAUCUCUUCAGACUGCUUUCAACCCUUGGAUAAUCGCUUCAGCUAUCAUGGUAAUCGUUGUCAUGGCAAUGGUUGCUAUGAUGUUGAUGGUGAUGAGGAAGUUAAACAAAAUGGCGGUGACUUCACGACGCGAAUGCCUCCAAGAAGAGUCUGCACAUCUCUUGUCUGAGGACUAAGAUCGAGUCACCAUUCUCUACCGCUAACAUGUUUAUAUUCGACGCUCCUAAUCUUUCCUUUCAUAAUGAAAUUAGAACUUUAAAAACGAUUAUGUUGAAUAAUAAUUGUAGAAGAACAGCGUUUGCAAUUAAGACCGAUUGUGCAUAUUAAGCAAUUAGUCUUGUGGCAACUAGCCACUAAUCCGUUAUUUCCUUUAUUAAUCUUAGAUGCAUGAUUAAAGGCAACUAGAUGUUGGAACAAAUUCCUACAUCGCUACAAUUCCAAGACAAACUAUGACUAUUAACAUGAUAAAUUACAAUUCAUUGUCGCUUAUAAUCAUAAUCAUGAAAGCAAUUAUAAACUUUUAAAAAAGUAUCUCAUGUAGAAUAUUGAUAGGUAGCAAUGCUUCUGUUUCCAUUGUUUUCAAAUAAAAUUAUAAGAAGACAAACUUGA